AAACAGAGAAAAUUUUACAUGAUGUAUCAAGAUGGUAACUUCAGAGAAUGCAGCAGUACUACUUGUGUCACUAAUCUCCUCCAAGCUGGCACCUGAAUACUUCUGGCCAGUGUUACUUUUAGAUGCUCUGCCAUUACUGAAGAGUGAAGAGCCUGUAAUAUCUGCAGAACAAACAUACGAAUUGAUGUAUUGCUUACAUAACCUCCACAAUCAUGCCAGUAAAAGAGGAAAGCAGAGUUCCCUGGAAAAUGAAGCGACUUGCUCAGCAUUUUUAGAAAAAGAAAUAGACCUCAGACUGGCACUGUCAAACAAUCUGGCUCGUGCAAUCAUUCACGAAGGAUCAGUAGACAACUAACCUCUGAAAUAGUUUAGUACAAAAGUUGAGGGUGGUGGAAAACCUAAUUAAAAAUUUAGUUUUUUUUUUUUUUCCAAAGAGCAUUAAAAAUAAAAUUUCAUUCAUAUGUUUGAGCUACACAUUAAACUGGAAUAGGUAUUUGUGUUGCUUUAACAAUCUAUGUAUUGUUUAUUUUUGUAUCUGGCUAUAUUUAUUUAUACUGUGGGAUAUAGCAUAGUGUUUAUAAAAGAUAAAAAUAAAUUAUUAGAUUGA